GCCAGCCGGCUGACGCUGAGUCGGAGUGCCCGCCUGCAGCUUGGUAGCUCCAGCAGCGGCCAGAGCCUUGGUCUGGCCAGGACAGUUCCCUCCAAGGCCCAGGGUGGAGCAGGGAGGACCAGAACGGGGUGUCCGGAGAGAGAAAACGCAACACAGACUUCUGCAGGCUCUGCUGUGGUUACCUUCGCUCCACAAUGUCACUGAGAGUGCACACACAGUUUCCCAGAACCCAGGAGGACAUGGCGUUCAACCUGACCAUCCUGGUCCUCACCGAGCUCCUAAGUCUGGGUGGGCUGCUGGGCAACGGGGUGGCCCUUUGGCUGCUCAACCAGAACGUCUACAGGAAUCCCUUCUCCAUCUAUCUCUUGGAUGUGGCCUGUGCUGACCUCAUCUUCCUCUGUUGCCACAUGGUCACCAUCAUCCCCGAGCUGCUGCCGGACCAGCUGAACUUCCCGGAAUUCGUACACAUCAGCCUGCUCAUGCUGCGAUUCUUCUGCUACAUCGUGGGCCUGAGCCUCCUGGCGGCCAUCAGCACAGAGCAGUGCCUGGCCACUCUCUUCCCCGCCUGGUACCUGUGCCGCCGUCCACGGUACCUGACCACCUGUGUGUGCGCACUCAUCUGGGUGCUCUGCCUGCUGCUGGACCUGCUGCUGAGCGGGGCCUGCACCCAGUUCUUUGGCGCACCCAGCUACCACCUGUGUGGGAUGCUGUGGCUGGUGGUGGCAGUUCUCCUGACUGCCUUGUGCUGCGCCAUGUGUGUGACCAGCCUGAUCCUGUUGCUGCGAGUGGAGUGUGGUCCAGAGAGGCACCAGCCCCGGGGCUUCCCCACCCUAGUCUUGCUAGCUGUCCUCCUUUUCCUCUUCUGUGGUCUGCCCUUUGGCAUUUUUUGGUUUUCCAAGAACCUGUUCUGGCACAUUCCCCUCUACUUCUACCACUUCAGCUUCUUCAUGGCGAGUGUGCACAGUGCGGCCAAGCCUGCUAUCUACUUUUUCUUGGGCAGCACACCUGGCCAAAGGCUGCAGGAACCCCUCCGGCUGGUGCUCCAGCGGGCACUGGGAGAUGAGGCUGAGCUGGGGGCUGUGAGAGAGGCUUCCCAAGGGGGACUUGUAGACAUGACUGUCUAAGCCCAGUGGAUCACAACUGCAGCUCCGACCCAAGGGGGCCAGGGGAACUGCCUGGUAUAGGUUAAGAGCUAGGAUCAGAGCUCCAUCAGUAAGACCCUGGAGGGACAUCUUUGCUGAUGACCCAGCUGUGUGUGUCCUGGGAGGAUGCUGGGAAGGGGCAGACAGAGGGUGAUCUUUUUUGUGUGGAGGGCCUGGGAUUGUGCAUAUUAGGCAGAACUCCAGGGCCACCUCAUGACAGCUGCUUCCAUAGCCUCCCUUUCCCCACGGCUACAGCAAGAAGAGAUAGGCCAGUCAUAGUGGUGGGCGCCUGUUCCUCCACUAUCAGCAUCCUCUUAGCUAUAGAGCGUGGAAUAAAUGAUGCUGAAAUUGGACGCUUGGUUAGGUAUGGGGGAAUAAGUGGCUUGGGAGUCCUCAGUGGUUGAACUACAGCAGAAGGCAUCCUCCUGACCCCACACCACAGCCAGAGAUCAAAGCCUGUCAGGGACCAAGCAGAACUGGCACAGGCCUGAUAUCCCAGCUGUCUGACAAGCUGCAGUAGGGGGAGCAGGGUUGUAAAACCAAGGCCUGCCUUGCUACAUCUAGUUUCAGGGAUCUGUCUUCCUCUUUUGGCUUCUGCAGUCAAUUCAUGCAUGUGGUACACACACACACACACACACACACACACACACACACUUGCACACAUGGGUACGUGCAGUGAAAACAGAGUUCAAGCUCAGCUUAAGCUAAAGGGGACCCAUCUCAAAAAGCAAAGCACAGAGGGGGAUGUGUAGGAGAGAGAGCACUGGAUGAUGCAAACCUCACCCAACACUUCAGAAAAGUUGGUGGUCCUGGCUCUCAAUCUCAAAGUGAAGCUCUCUGUGGCUAACAAGGCCCCUCUCAGCUCUGGACACACCCAAAGCACCUCUAUCUAGCAGGACAGAGCCCAGAGCUUCAGCGCCCAAACAGCUCCUGCCUCCUUCCCUGCCCCCACAUGCUACCUCUUUACCCCUAUCCCAUCCUGGACAGGAUCUACUUAGCAGGGUUCCUCUGAGGAAGCAGCCUGGCUGUACCCCACAACAGAUGAUUGAGCUCCUGCCUGGCCAGGGGCACAGAAAUGAAUGGAAGCCCACCAAUCCAGGGACAGGUGGCUGAGAGCCAGAGCUUGCCACCACCCAUGUCAUUGCACUAGUGCCACCCUUAUAUGGAACCCAGUCAGUUGGUUUACACACACACAGUGUUUGGAGUCGUGUCCAGAAAGUCCCGAGAGGAUUUUAUUACAUCAUCAACAAUUCAGGCCCACAUCCAUGAUGUGCUGACCUCCUUUGACAUCUGAGUGGGUGUAAUUCUGACUUGGACCAGGCCCACAGAUUGAGGGACAUUUGGUCUCUGUCAUGAUUAAACUUGUACCCGAGUCUGGACAAGGAUGGCAUCCUGGAACUGACGACUCUGUCUCCCCAUCCCACUCAGCUUGCGUUGGGUUGCAUCCUGUGGUAUGAUGUCUUCCCCUCAGAUGCUCUGGCAAGUCUAGAUGAAGGGAUCCCAGGAGGCCAGGAGCUUGCGGGGGCUGGUCCUCCUCUUCCAGAGAAACCCCUUCUAUCCCCCAUGAGGUCCUUCCCUGUCCACCUCCAGGACAGAAUUCUCAACCUCAGUUCUUCAGCUUGGGGAACAGAGAGCAUGAAAGGAAGUAGCCUGUCCACAAAUCCAGUUUUCAGCCUCUGGACACCCACUUCUCCCCGGGGGAAAAUCCAAGCCAGCCUUACAGGUGUCUCCCCAACUAUGCAUUAGCCCAGAGCCUGUCCAUGAUGCUGGAGGGCCCUUCUGCGGCCCUGAAGUCCAGAGAGUCCUGUGUCUGCUUGAGACAACCCUGAACAUGGAACAGACUCAGCCUGAUGCAGUACGGAGUCUGAGGGAGUCUCAGGGAAAUGUUUUUUGGUCAGGUUGACCUGUGAGCAUUUUCUUGAUAGCUAAUAGAUGAGGGUGGGCUCAGCCCACUGUGAGCAGUACCACCCCUAGGCGAGUGGGUCUGGGUUAUAGAGAAAGCUAACUAAGCAUGAGCCUAGGGGCACGUCGGUUCUUUAAGCCCCAUGCUUCCUACCUCAGGCCUGCUUGAGGUCCUGCCCUGACAGCCAGCACAGUGAUGGACUGUGACCUGGAAGUCUAAGCUGAAUAAAC